CGGGUUGGCUGGACGCCUGAUGCUAAAGGAAAAGCGCUUUUCCGACCGCGAAUCAAAAUCGUGUGUUAAGAAUUCUUGUUGUGGUAAUAAGUGCUUAUUUCUUGUUGUUAUCAAGAUUGAGAACGUUCAAGAUUUUGGUAGAAUAUCAAAGGUAUAAGCAGUGCAAGUGCAUCGGAUGUGUAGUGCAGUGAUGUGCUAGUGCGGCCGCGAUGGAAGCCUCUCUGCCUCUGGAGGUGGACGACGAGGGCCGCCCUCAGCAGACCUCCUCGAGCGGCAGCGGUUCCUCCUCCGGCACCGGCUACUAUGGCCAUAAGAAUGGUGAAUGGCGCGGUGAGAGGAGGAUGCUGGACAUCACACGAGACAAGCCUGUCAAGGUGUGCGUGCGAGUCGUAGUACCUGUUAGAGAUCAUCCAAAGUUCAAUUUUGUGGGGAAGCUUUUGGGCCCGAAAGGCAACUCUUUGAAGAGGCUGCAGGAAGACACCAUGUGCAAGAUGGCAGUUUUAGGACGAGGUUCUAUGAAAGACCGCCAAAAGGAGGAAGAGCUCCGCGUGUCCGGUGACCCGAAGUUCGCCCACCUCUCUGACGAGCUUCACGUCGAAAUCAGCGCCUUCGCAACUCCGGCCGAAGCUCACGCGCGUAUUGCCUACGCGCUCGCUGAGCUGAGGAGGUUUUUAGUACCGGAUUACAAUGACGAUAUAAGGCAAGAACAAAUGCUGGAAAUGCAAAUCCUGUCGUCGCAAAAUGAGCAAAGGCGCCUCACACCCCCCGACUCCUCGAGGAGUGGCAGUGAAGAAACAUUGCCUCUAAGGGACAAUGCAAACAAACCAAGAUUACCAACCACACCGCUAGCACCUGCACAGCCGGCUUUGCCUCUAGCCGUGAACCACACGAACGCACGUGACUUCUCUCCCCCCGCACCGACCCCGGCGCCUGAACACCUCUCCCAUCAUCAGCAGCUGGCGCCAAGUCACGCGGGUCACAGCGUACUGGUCAGCGGGGGCGUGAUACAGCAACCGCCUACACACCACUUGCUCACACAAAAUACCAUAUUGGGUGGUGCAGACAUAUUAGGUCUGAGCAGUCCAGUGCUAGGGGGCAUGCUGCACGCACACCCGGCCCUGCGCGGCGUGAAGCCUGCCGCGGUGCACGCGCUCGCGACGCAAGGUGCGGGUGGGGCGGGUGGCGCGAGCGGGCGCAAGCGGCCGCUGCUGGGCGCGCGGGCCGCUAUGUCGCCGACUAAGCGCGCCGUCAUGACGCUGCUGGCCCGCGCGCGCGCCGCCACGCACAAGCACGCGCCGCAGUGGCCCGCGCCGCACGAACACACAGCACUUCUUCCGCUUAUAAGGGACGACUUCAUGUCCGGCGUCGGCGUCAACAUCAACCUAGCAUAAUAACAUAUUCUAGUCGAAUCUAUAAUUUUUAAUUAAAUUAAGUGUAUUGUAUACAGAUAAACGUUACUUUGCCUAAGUCUUUGACGUGUAAAAAACAAAAUUACAUUGCAAAUAAAUUCGGAAUCAAAAAAGGAAAUCCAACAUACAAGGUUUCUGAAAGCGCCCCAAAAUAGGGUCACUGUAUUCACCGUUAAUGUUAAUAAUAAACGAUUUCUCCUACAUCAGUGGCAAGCAGGUAGUGGUAAAUACAGCGUGUUUGAUAAAUCAUAUAACAUGACAAAUGAGGCAUGUAUAAUUUACAUGUAUUACCUACCAAAUACUUAGCGCCAUAGAUUCUUUCUGUUUCUGCUGAAACGUUCCUUCGAGUUGACGGAUUUUUUUUGCGAGUGCAUUUCCACGAUCAGCUGAUUGCAGGGUUGUUUAUUUUUUCUUCAUUUUGUUUAUUAGACACACAUAAGAGAUAAUGACAAUAACAACUAAGUAAAACAAGUUGUUGUUUGUUCAUAUUUGCGUUAACAGUUGUUAUUUUUAUUGAUACUUUGACCCCUUUAGGGUUAGGACGCUUUUGACCUUGUAAAAGUACGGAUUUCUCCGGGUAUUUAUUAUUUACUAUAUUCGGGAACCUGUAGCACUCACCAGUCCCCCAAGUUUUUUACUAGGGUAAAGGCUUUUUUACUAGGGGUUUUUUACCCUAGUAAAAAACUGCCUUCCCGUGCUAAUAAAAAAAUGAAAUAAUAAAAAACAUGCUAAGUUUUUUUUUUUCAGAAAAUUGUCACAAUGGUGAAGCUGUGACAUUAUUACAAAGUAUUUAUUUCUAGUAUUAAUAGUAAAUUAUUUAUAUUAGAUAAUACUAUAUUGUACAUAGUAUUUAACUAAAGAGAUAAUAAUAAUAUAUCUUUUGUUAGACGUUUUGCCAAUGUCACUCAUUCAUCGAUUUUAUUAAUAAAUUUUAAACACAGAGUCAAACCUAACCUAACCUAAUUGAUGGCAAAUAUUUUGAUAAUCAAUUCUAUAACGCCCGUUCAGAUAGACAGGCUCGUAGAGCGUUUUAUGUCUAUCUGACGAACCCCAAGGAUGCCUACUACAUAGACGAGUGAUAAUAUUAUGAUAUUAUUUAUAGGGAUAAAGGUAGCUGUCAAAAGAAAUUGAUAUAAUGUGUAGGGUAGUGCCGAUAACUCUCAAGAAAAUCUUAAUACCCUAUUAAGGGACCCAAAUAUCUCAACACAGAUAAGACCUCUCGAGCAAGAGCCGUAAUAGGACAUUGAUUUUCGAUUAAAUGACUGAGAAAUGCUUAAUAAAAAGAUCCAGACGUCUAAAUUACCCUUGGCACUCUACAAUACAGUCAUCUUCAUUUAUAAAAGACCUUGACAAAAACGAAUAGCCUAUACACUGUCAGAAAUUUUAAGUUUUCUUCUGAUUUUCUCCUUCAAAAAGCGUUUUCUUUCAAAAAAUUUGGAGAAGAAUUUCUGGCUCUCAGCGUGUUUGUCAAAGAUCGCAAAAUCUAGGAAAAAAUAUGUCUUUUUUUACAUGAAAACGUAACGAAAAACAUAGUAUUUUACUUAUUGAAAGUAAAUAUUUAUAUUGACUAAGUAUAUAACCCUUUGCCCAAACUAUUAUUUCCUCAUUUUUUUUUUUAAUUUAUAGUAUAGAUUGCAUCCACGAUAUCUGAAGGAUAUAGAGCACAUUGAUCGUUCUUGGCAAACGCUAGGAUUGCCACAUUGCUUUCAUACAAAUAUCAAAGAAUCUCUAAGCAAAUAUUAUCAAGCAGCCUUUAGUCCGGUCCUCCGAUUUUUUGAUUUUCAGUAGAAAUUUAAAGGUCUUUAUUUAAUUCAGUCAAUUUUGAGAAACCCCAGUAAUUAUAAGCUUUUACUUAGAAGAUAAUUAAAAGGACCACGGUGUUUUUUAAUCCUACGCCUUCUAGAGAAAUAGAUGUAAAUAAUAAUACAAUAUAUCAUAUUAUUAUAAAAUAAUAAUAAUUUAAUAAAUUUAGUUAAGACGUUACCGACGAAAAAAUAUAAUAUCUU